AUGCCUCGCAAGUUCAUCGUUGGUGGAAACUUCAAGCUCAACGGCUCCCAGUCGUCUUUGCACACCUUGAUUGAGAACCUUAACCAAGGAGAUCUCGAUAGGAAUGUUGAAAUCGUUGUCUCUCCUCCUUUUGUCUAUCUUGACCAGGUCCGCAAGUCUGUCCGCAAGGAUGUUGCUGUUGCUGGACAGAACUGCUACUCCAAGGCUAGCGGUGCUUACACCGGCGAAGUCGCACUGAAGAUGGACAGUGGUAUUCCGCUUGUUAUAAUGAAAAACGGAUGUGGUGUGAACCCAAUUGCUCACUUUAUCACGUGA